UCGCGAAGCAGGUUUUCUCCGCGGACACCGUGCUGGGGGUUCACCUCCUCGACCUCUUGGUUUACUCGACACAACAGACGACGUUUCGGUACGGCACGACACGGUAAUAGGCCCUUUCGAAGCAAACCCUCAUGUACGAGACCUCGCUCGCACGAAAAGCACAGCUGGAUUUAAAAUACGGCCAUGGCAUACUCAGGAAGGCAAUGGGGCACGACACCUCCCAUCUCGACUGCGCUGCCCACGCAAGUCGAGGUGGAGGCUAGCGACGCCCUCUUUGAAGAACUGAAGCGACAAGGCACCUUUGAGUCAAAACUCGAGACGGACAAAAGGCACAAAGUCCUUACCGAUUUACGACGCUUAGUGGAUGAAUUCGUCCGGCGGAUUGCGCGAGAGAAGGAACCACAUAACACUGUUCUCAUACGAGACGCUCGUGGGGAGGUCUUCACCUAUGGCAGUUUCUGUCUUGGAGUGUACGGGCCAGGGUCAGAUAUUGAUACACUCGUUGUCGCCCCUAGAUACGUAACGAGAGAGGAUUAUUUCAAGCAUUUCCCUGGAAUGCUCAAAGAGAUGACUCCGAAGGGUGCGGUGACCGAUCUGACACCGGUUGAGGAUGCCUUUGUCCCCAUUAUCAAGUUCGAGUACUGGGGUAUUAGCAUCGAUCUGAUCUUCUCGAGAAUUGCAACUCUGAAGCAGUUUCCCGCUCACGGUGAGCUCAAGCUCACCAACAACGAAUAUCUGCGAGGUCUAGAUGAAGCCGAAUUGCGAUCCCUGAACGGGACCCGUGUUACCAACGAGAUACUAAAUCUUGUUCCCGAACAGAGUACCUUCCGCCUAGCGUUGCGUGCCAUCAAGCUGUGGGCUCAGCGACGUGCCAUAUACGCCAAUAUCAUUGGCUUCCCUGGCGGUGUCGUCUGGGCUAUGCUAGUUGCCCGCAUUUGCCAAUUAUACCCGAGAGCUGCCAGCGCUACCAUUGUCGCCAAGUUCUUCUUCAUCAUCAGCAAGUGGAAGUGGCCACAACCGGUGAUGUUGAAAGCAAUGGAAGAGAACGCGCCCCUUUCGGUUCGCGUCUGGAACCCCAAGGUCUAUAAGGGGGAUGGCUAUCAUUUGAUGCCAGUAAUCACCCCAGCAUACCCUGAAAUGUGUGCCACCUUCAACAUCACGCACUCCAACAAAGCCGUCAUUCAACGCGAGCUAGAACGUGGUAACGGUAUAGCUGACAAAAUCGUAAGCGGAGCCGUUCCAUGGAAAGCACUAUUUGUCAAACACACUUUCUUCACACAGGGCUAUAAGUAUUAUCUAGCUGUCAUUGUUACUAGUAAGGAAAAGGAAGCGCAUAAGAUCUGGUCCGGCUUUGUGGAGUCCAAGGUUCGAGUCCUUGUCGCCAAUCUCGAGAGACAUCCGUCUAUAGCCAUCGCACACCCCUUCAAUAAGGGAUUCGAACGACGACACACGGUGAAGUGUGGUCAAGAAUUCGAAGCGAUACUGGAUGGUAGCCUUGCCUACAUAGUCAAGGGUGAAGAUGAGGAGGGUACAGUGAUCAAGGAUGAGCUUCCGGAUGCCGCCAAAGACGACGAGGAGCCAAAGCCGAAAAUCGAGGAUGGAACUGUCGUUCAAAGUGCAACCGCUGCCCACCACGUCGAGUCGACUGCUAGCCUGAAGGACAGGGUAUCGAGCCCGAACGUCAAACCAGAGGCUGAGGAGAAGCCUGUCAAGAUGGAAGAUUUGUCCAUCAAAGAAAGCAAAGUCUACACUACAACACACUACAUCGGCCUGGAGCUUGCGGAAGGUGCCAAAUCGUUGGACUUGUCUUUCCAGGUGAACGAAUACAAGGAUCUCUGCCACGCCUGGGACAAGUAUGAUUCCAAGCUCAACUUUCUGAGUGUUCAGCAUGUGAAGAAUAUCAACCUACCCGAAGACGUAUUUGAGCCCGGUGAAGCCAAGCCUACUCGACCGCUUAAGAAGCCGGGCGGGCCUAACGGAGCUUUGGCCCAAAGGAAGCGGCCUGCCCCGUCAGAUGUACGUUUGCUUGAAUGAGAGAUUGCUAACUAAGCUUCCAUCUCCAGGAUACACAUCAAAACCCAGCCCCCAUCCGGAGGAACCGCUAACUUGAAGUGUAGGGAAACCCAUCUGCCCCAAAACGACAGCACUCCUCAACCAACACGGUCACGGCAGCGAGCUAAGCCCUUGAAAAGAAAAUGAUGAGACUGCGCCAUUCUAGGGGUUCGCCUCACCUCGUCGAUGGGGUCCACCCGUAUAAACCAUUCAUAUGUUGCUCACUUGAGCUAUUCAGUUUUUCUUCUGGGUAUCAAUUGAUACUGGCAGUUUCAUUUUUGUAAUGUACUAAUACCCUACUAGCGGUGCUGGAAUCGGCCAAACGGUGUCC